CUCUCCCCCGUCACAUCUCUUCAUUGCACUCACACGACUGUCAUGGCCGACGCACAACGAAUCUACAUUGCCAUUGUCGGCGUCGGCGGCGUAGGCAAGGCCUUCCUCCCUCAAUUCGCGCAUCUCCAGAAACGCCUGGACUCCCAACAGCCCCCCGUCGACCUGCGUCUGAUCCUGGCGCGCAAGAGCAACAAGCAGGUCCUCACCGAGCGCUACAAUGGUCUCGACCCCAACUCCGUCCUGGACACGCUCAACGAAAGCAAGAAGCCCUACCUAGACUUCGACGAGAUCCUCGGCUUCCUCGAGAGCGCGCCGGGCAAGGUGGUGCUGGUGGACAACACGGCGGACCUGGGCCUGGGCAAGCAAUACCCCAAGUGUCUGAAGCGUGGCAUCAGCGUCGUCACGCCGAACAAGAAGGCCUUUUCCGACACCUGGAAGCUGUGGGAGAGCAUCUUCGACGCCGCCGCGCAGGGCGGAAGUCAUGUCUUCCACGAAGCAACGGUCGGCGCCGGCCUUCCCGUCCUCAGCACGCUGAAAGAGCUCAUUGAGACUGGCGACGAGGUGACGAAGAUCGAGGGCGUCUUCAGUGGAACCAUGUCGUUUCUGUUCAAUGCUUUCAUGCCUGUUGGAGGUGGAGGGGGCAAGUUCAGCGCGGAAGUGAAGAAGGCGAAGGACUUGGGCUACACCGAGCCGGACCCGAGGGACGAUCUCAAUGGCUUGGACGUCGCGAGGAAGCUCACCAUUCUCGCGAGACUCGUCGGGCUCCAGAUUGAAUCGCCUACCUCCUUCCCCGUCCAAUCGCUCAUUCCUUCGGCGCUGGAGUCGUGCUCGAGCGGCGACGAGUUCAUGGAGAAGCUGCCCAAUCAUGACGACGAGAUGGAGAAGAUCAAGGACGGCGCGGCGAAGGAGGGCAAGGUGCUGCGGUUUGUGGGGAGUAUAGACGUUGCUUCCAAGGCGGUCAAAGUGGGCCUGGAGAAGUUUGAUUCGGACCAUCCCAUUGCUGCGUUGAAGGGAAGCGACAACAUCAUCAACUUCUACACCAAGCGGUACGGCAGCAACCCGCUCAUCAUCCAGGGCGCGGGCGCUGGUGGUGACGUGACGGCCAUGGGCGUGACGGGUGAUCUCAUCAAAGUUAUUAGACUUUUGCAGGGGCAGUAGAUGGGCACCGCUACAGUAUCAUAAUCCUGUUCGGCCGCGAGGCUGAGGCGAAAUGUCCAACAAGGGCAGUUUACAGGCUUGGCCCGUGCACCACUCGUGCAUGCUCGCACCUCAUUCUCACCU